AGUCACGACUUGGCCUGGAGCUGGAUCUCAGGUUGCCAGGACAGUUAAAGCAUAACUUCGCCCUCCAUGGAGCUGCCUUACUACCACGGCCCGCUAACCAAGCAAGAGUGUGAAACCCUGCUCCUCAAGGGCGGGGAGGAUGGCAACUUUCUGUUAAGAGACAGCGAGUCUGUGCCAGGAGUCCUGUGUCUCUGCGUCUCGUUUAAAAAAUUUGUCUACACCUACCGAAUCUUCAGAGAGAAACAUGGAUAUUACAAGAUACAGACUGUGGAAGGGACACCAAAGCAGAUCUUUCCAAACCUAGAGGAACUAAUCUCCAAAUUUGAAAAGCCAGGCCAGGGACUGGUGGUUCACCUUUCAAACCCAAUAACGAGAAAGAGCUCCUGCCCAAGAGGAAGAAGGGUGAUGUUAGAGCUGAAUGUCUAUGAGAACACUAGCGAGGACUACGUGGAUGUCUUGCCUUGAAAACAAGAACAUAGGAGUAAACAAGCUGACAGAAAGGUGGUAGAGUUUUCUCCGCUGCCACCACCUCUGCAAGUGUUGAUCGAAAGCGCCAGUUUCUAGCAGGCCUUUGAGACUCCUCUGAUCUGGGUAGCAGGAUCUUCUCUACUGAAGCCUUGGAGAAAUCCCUUCCCACAUCCUGGCCUUCUGGCACACUCACAAGAAGCUCCAAAGCCACUGCUCACCUGUCACUUUCCUAUUUUGGGAUUGGACAGCCAGAAACUAGUCUCCUGACUGGCUGGUCAGAGGCACUGCCACUGCAUCCUGGCUGACAACAUCUAACAGGACAAUGGGAAGGGCGGCUUCAUAGAGAGGGAAGAAUGCUCUACAAUGACUUUAGAGUCCCCGUCCCAUGGUUGUGUGAUUUUGGACAAACGACACUUCCUGGUGUGGUGGAGUGGUUGAUACACACUAACCUGGGCCCUCUGUUGAGCCUGGUUGUCCUGGGUGGAGCUGGGGUCUGAGCAGAGGAAUCAAGAUCUAAGGAUACUGAAGAAGCAACAUGUCCUCCACUUGU